GAAAACCAUAUAUUUCAAAAAAAAUAUUGAUGCCAUGCGACCAACCGCAUUGGCAUGAGAUAGGUGAAGACCCCCCAAAAAAGACAACAAUUCAUUCAUCCGGUAUGUCUUUAAUAUAUUGAGAAAACAUACAUAGUACGAGAUAACGAGAACCAAAGAAAUUGAGUACUGCUACUAAAGAAACCUUCAAUGUGAAUUUGUAAGAGAUUCUAUAGCACUUGCUUUUCUUCAUCGCCACACCAUUUUAGUUUGUUUAUACCCAUAUUCCGAUAUCGUAUACACACAAACAUAUACAGUCUGGCAUCUCUUUAUGCCUUUAACCUGGAGCUGUAAUGAUCUGAUUCGUUGAGCUAGCGGCUAUUGCAGAAAAAGAAGCUAAUAGGGGGAGCUGGAUUCAAGUGUGAGGUGCAAGAAGUUUGAUGCGCAAGUUUUCUGGUUAAAGGCACAUCCUCUGCUUCUUUAAUCAAGUGAGAGUUUUUUGUUCUGAAAGCUAACUCUUGGAUAGAAAGAUGGCGUCUGAGCUUGUUAGUUCUGCAACAAGUGAAAAACUUGAGGAAACAGACUGGGCGAAAAACAUUCAGAUUUGUGAAUUAGUUGCUCGUGACCACGGUCAAGCUAAAGAUGUUAUUAAAGCAAUAAAGAAGCGCCUCGGGAAAAAGAACCCAACUACUCAAUUGUUGGCCGUGACGUUGCUGGAGAUGCUAAUGAACAACAUUGGAGAUCCUGUUCACAAGCAGGUUAUAGACACAGGGGCUCUCCCAAUUCUUGUAAAGAUAGUAAAGAAAAAGUCAGAUGUACCUGUAAGGGAGAAGAUUUUUCUUCUUCUAGAUGCUGCACAGACUUCAGUUGGUGGGGCUUCUGGGAGAUUCCCUCAGUACUAUUCUGCGUACUAUGAGUUGGUGAAUGCAGGAGUGCAGUUUUCUCAAAGAUCAACUACAGUCCCAAAAGAGCAUCACCCAUCAUCCAAUGAGGGAAGGGUUAACCUUUGUGAGAGAAAACCACCUCAGCCGGAAAAGAGUGUGGUAAAAGAACCUAAAAAAGUUUCCGAUUCGAGUAUUCUGCAGAAGGCCAGUGCAUCAAUGGAAGUCUUAAGAGAUGUCCUCGGUGCUGUUGGCACUCAACAUCCCGAGGGAGCAAGGGAUGAGUUCACACUUGAUCUUGUGGAGCAAUGCUCAUUUCAGAAGCAGAGAGUAAUGCAUCUUGCAAUGACGUCUCGGGAUGAAAAGGUUGUGUCUAAAGCAGUUGAGAUCAAUGAACAACUAGAUAUGGUGCUUAAAAGGCAUGAUGCUCUUGUUUCAGUUCAUCCAACCCAGAUUUCAUCUCAUGUUGACUAUGAACAAGCGGAGGUAGAGGACGCUGAGCAGCUUUCCCGAAGGAUGAGAAAAGGAAAAGCUCUCCUUCAACCUGAAGAUAAAGAACGGCCAUUGGGAAUGCUUGGAUCAUCCAUUCCAGGAAAAUUGCUUCACCGUCCACUCAUAAGGCCAAUCCCAUCUUUAGACCAGAAGCAAGAGCGCGAUCCAGGGAAAGCAGCAGCAGCUGCUGCAAUUCCACCACCACCUGCAAAACAUGCCGAGAGAGAAAAGUUUUUUCAAGAAAACAAACCAGACGGUUCUGCUUUAUCUGGUCACAUCAGACGUCUCUCCUUACAUAGUCGCACCGCCAGUAGCUCCCAUAGCAGCAGCGUUGAUUUUAGCGAUGACUGAGCAGUGAAUAGAGCACCCCUCAACGUGAGACUCUUUCACUUUCACAGUUUACUGGAACAUGCUAAGUAUGUAUUUGUGUAUAUUAUUGUUAGUUAUCUUUUUGGUUUGGCAUUUGACGGAAAAGGAAGUUGCAUUGGAGUUAACAUUCAAGUUUCUCUUUUAGUUCAUGAUCCCUGUUUGAGAGGAAUAUGUGAAUGUUAUGAUGCCCUUUACCAGUGCAAUGCCCCUAUGACAUGUAGGAAUAAGUUCAAAUGACCUCACAAUUUUGUUUUUGAUAUGUAAUAAUACCUGGUUUAUCUCAAAAUGCCUCAAAUUCUAGAUACUCCAGUCUAACUCGUUAAAGUUCUUAUAGAUUGCUGUUUUUUUUGGAAAAUUUUGAUCAGAACUAGUCAC